AUGUAUCGUACUGGUCUUCUCCUGUUAACAUCGUCAGUAUCUAAUAUACAAUGCAGUAUAUUACCAAUAUUGAGUCAGGCAGCAGAGUGUAUCAAAGAGACAUUAUAUGUAAAUUUACAGACUGACAAUUCAACUAUCUGCGUAACUGUGAAUUUAAGGUUGCGAAGGACAAUGAAAAUGAAAGAAAUGCUAUCAUAUGGCAGUAUUGUUCUUGGUGGAACAUUUGAUAGAUUGCACAAUGGACACAAGAUUCUACUGAGUGUGUCUUGUUUAUUAGCAGAAGAAAGGAUCACAGUUGGUGUUACAGAUGGAAAGAUGAAUUGUAAGAAAACAGUAUGCGAGUUGAUCUGCCCUAUAGAAGAGAGAAUUAGUGAUGUGGUAGGGUUCAUUAGGGAUAUCAAACCCUCAGUUCUUCGAGAUCAAUCGGUAGUACCAAUUAUCGAUCCAUUUGGGCCCUCCAUAGUGGAUCCUGAUAUGCAAUGCAUUGUGGUUAGUGAAGAAACAAAGAAAGGUGGGAAUAUGGUAAAUCAAAAAAGAAUUGAUAAGGUAUGUGGUAUUAGCUCAUCUAGUCAGAGGCAAAGGCUGCUGGGCACUUUGUUGAAACCUCCCCAGCUGCGUGGUGGUUUGACAACGAAACCUUACAUACUUGGAUUAACUGGUGGAUCUGCUAGUGGUAAAUCAUCUAUCUGUAAAAGAUUACAGACUCUGGGUGCUGGUGUGAUUGACUGUGAUAAGCUGGGUCACAAAGCGUAUGAGCCAGGAACAGAGGCAUAUAGAAAUGUCAUCCGUGCAUUUGGAGAAGACAUUGUAGCUGACAAUGGUCAAAUCAAUCGAAAAGCUCUUGGUGCAAAAGUCUUUGCAGAUAAAUCCAGACUACAGGUGUUAAAUCAGAUUGUCUGGCCAGAAAUUGCCAACUUAUUUAAUCAACAAAUUGCUGCCCUUGCUAAACAAGGUGAAGAAGUUAUUGUGCUGGAUGCAGCGGUUCUCAUAGAAGCCAACUGGACAAAAUAUGUACAUGAAGUGUGGGUGUCAAUCAUUCCUAAAGAUGAGGCUAUCACAAGAAUCAUCAAUCGCGAUGGACUGACCAAUGACAGAGCACUACAAAGAAUUGAAUCACAAAUCACUAAUAAUGAGAGAGUUAAGGAUGCUAAUGUUAUCUUCAGUACACUAUGGGAACCAGACAUUACACAGAAACAGGUUGAAAAGGCAUGGAAGUUGUUAAUGGAAAGGCUUCCUACUAUUGAAUCUGACUCUAAAUUGUAACAAAUUUCAUUAUUUUGUGGAAUUUCUCACUAGUGAUGUCAACUUUUAAUCAAUAUAUAUUUGUGGUAAUUUAA